AUGCCGUGCUGGGGCGGCUGCCGCCUGCUCCACCACCUCUGGCGGAAGGUGCGCGACACGGAGCGAGUGUACCGCGGCCGGCGCGGCCAACGGCGCCAGCAGCCGCCCGACGACAUCGAGUUGGGGGACCUCAGCACCAGCAGCUACGACGUCAACUACAGGGGCUCGUUGUCGCCGUCGUCCUCCGAUUACAGUGGCAACCACCACCGUGGGGCCGCCGCCGCCGCGGUGGGCAGGUCCAGGUGGGAGUCGUCGGCGUCGGCGUCGGUGCGGGGGAGGAGGAAGGACAGGCUUCGGCAGUCCCUGCGUCCGAGGAGGGCCGGAUCCAAGGUGGAGCACGCCAUGAGAAUAAGCCGUGAGAGUGAAAGUGAACGCCGCCACCCCCAUCAUCCCCAUUCGACCGGGGCCAGGAGGAAGGAGGCUUCGUCCCUCCACGUCCACGACCAUGGCUCGGCGGCUCAUCGUGAACAUUCGCACGCGCACCGCCGCCGCACAUGAAAGCUUAACCAUGCCGAUUCGACGACGUGACAUUGGUAGUAUGUAGUGAUACUUGCGGUAUGUUUGUAUCCGGGCUCAUCAAUUGAUUAUGAAGCAGAAGCGGCAUACACUGUACAUACUCAUACCGAAUGCUUGUGAGCUGGUAAGUGGUAAUUACAGCAUUACUUACCCAACAGCAAUCAGUGGAUGGAAAACUGUGCUAGGAUUUUGCCCUUAUAGCUCAGUGGUUGCGUCAGUCCUGUAAACUGAAGGUCUGUUGUUCGAUCCUGCAUGGGGGCAGUUUGUUGCUUUGUUGCAUACUAUGUAUUUUUGCCCACUAUCAGGCUUGUAUGGUAUUCAUCAGAUUAUAAUGCAUACUAUGCAUUUUUGCCCA